AAAGUUAGCAUGUCGCCGUGGGGCAACAUUUGUCGCAUCUGCAGCAGCCCCGCAGACUAUGAGAUAUUUGCCAAGAUACCAACGUACUUGCAUGGCACCACGAACGAGUUUCUGGCGUGGCAGAAGCCAAUAAACAUAUUGCUGGAAGAGACAACGGGUUUGAAAAACUCUACAGACGAUGGCCUGCCCCGAAAUAUCUGCGCACCUUGCAUUUCGUAUCUUAAACAUGCCGUCACAUUCCGCGAGCAGUGCAUUAAGAAUGCACUCAGCCUCAAGCUGGCGGCGCUCUAUCAACAGAAGUCGGUGAAUAUCACGGAGAAGAGUAAAAAAGAUAAGGAGAGUGCAUUGUUCACGGCCGAGGAUCUGCGUUAUGUGGAACAGCGGCCGGUGCACAAUUUGUUGCUGAAUAACACCGUCAAGCUGGAGGGCACAAAAGACAAAGUUCACAAGCAACUGCUCAACCAGAAUACGCCGCAGCUGACCGCCAAUUCCGAGCAACGUACACAGUAUCUUAAUUUAUUAUAUGACAAGCAUCAGCACUGUAAGGCAAAGCAGGGCAGGGACAUGGAGCUGCCCACCACCAGUGGCAAUGGCAUUGUCGAUGACGAGGAAGACUAUGCCGCUGUCAGCUCCAGCGAUGAGAACGAGGAGGCUGCUUUGCUGCGCAAGCACAAAAAUUGCUACAACUACAGCGAAACGAAUUUCGAGGAAGACGAUCCCAUGGAGCAGGAUCAGUUGCGCGACAUUAAGGUGACCAUACCAGAGCCCAUGUGGAAGGAGCGCAAGUGCCCAGCAUGCCUCAAGCGUUUCAUGUUCGAGGACUCGCAUCAGACGCAUCUGGACAACUGCGUGGAGUAUCAGUUCAUCACAUUUGUGACUGAGAUGACAAAGUUGCUGGAAAUCAGAAAACAGAAAAUGGUCUCGCCCCACGAGUUCAUCAGGCGCAUGAUCUUUGCACUGCACAAAACCUGCACCUGGCUGCAGGAACAUUCCAUUGACACGCUGCUGGCCGAUAAACUGAAUCAAGUGAAAGUCUCAAAUGGUGAGAGAACAGAGAAAGAAGCGCCCACCCAGCCGGAGUUGGAGGUUAAAAUUGAGGAUCUGUUUGACUAUGUUAGUGGCACGACAACUCCCAUUACGGCGGAGAAUAAUGUCCUGUAUGCGAUUGCACGCUCUGAGAGUACAAAUUCUCAGUGCAAGCCAAAAACGCCGCUGGCAGAGAGAUUACUAGACACUGAGAUAAUCAAUGCCCCAAGAGCUUCGCUGGCAGGGGUGAAGAAACCGAUUCCCAUUCGCGUUAAACCCGCAAGCAGUUCGAUUGGUAUGGGUCUGCGACCCUCUCCGCAGCAGGGCUUGCGACCCUCUCCGCAGCAGCCCAAUGGGGAACCUCUUGGUUUGGGUCUUCGGCCACCAGCGCAGCAGCAGCAACAGCAACAGCAGCAGCCCAACGGCGAUAAGCACAAGGAGCGUGUAACGUUUCUGGAAAAGCUCCAGCGCGCUGCAGUCACACCUGGCUCUGGCACUCCGCCAGUUCAGGCGGCAGCUGCAGCUGCAGCCCCACCCUCGUUCUCGGCUCGAUGCGGUCAGUGCAAUUUACCCUUUGACUCUGUCUCCGACUUGGAGAUUCACAAUAUUAAUUAUCACAACAGCCAAAACGAGAAUGAACCCAAUACUAUUCUAAGCACAGACGACGAUGACCAGAGGCGUCGCAUAAUUGCCCUUUUCGAAGAUGAUCUAUAAUAAGUUCCACCGCCCCCAC